AGUAAAUCGCUCCUUAGAAGAGGUUUCUGUAUAGGGUAGUAGAUUCAAAUCUUAUUGUUUUCUGGAGAAUUUUGAGGGUAUGAGUAUAAAUUUUACUUUGAGAUUUAUACACUAGAACCGAUUUGUUUUUGUUUGUACUUUUAUCUCGUUAUUUUAACUCAGAACCGGAUUUUCUUUUGGUUAGUGUACUGAAUUCAUCCUGACAUCAUCUGAUGAACAUUUGGAGAUUUUCUGUCAGGCUCUGCGCUCUCCGCGGGCUCUGUGUCCACAGCGGCUGCGCGCUCAAAACCAGCAUCAUCUCCAAGCAGAGGAGAAGAUCCCACCGCUCAGGUCUUCUAACGGCUUCAUAUGCUGACAGACACCUUCAUUACGCACGCUUCUAACAUAAAAAAAUAAGACACAGAAGAAAGAAAUGUUACCUGGGCAACACGUCGGCGAGUGAAAGAGGACGGCGCUGAGGAAGCCGAUCUGCUGCUCCUGAGCUCGAGGCUUCCAAACGUUUCAGCGCUGCAAGUGGGGGCAGAGACGGGGACCAGGCGAAAAUGCUUAAAGUUUAUCCGUGUAGUCCUCCUGCGCGAUCACCUAGUUGCUGCAGGACAUGAACAGGAAUUAAACGAAGAAUGCGUUUCAUUUGGGAUUUAUGUUUGAUUUUGCAAAUAUACAUCAUCUGCAAUUCGUCAGCUCAGCCUAUUACGUCCAAGCUUGAUGAGAGUUGGUGGGCAUAUAAAGAUGUGGUCCAGGGAAGCUUUGUUCCAGUCCCAUCCUUCUGGGGUCUGGUCAACUCAGCCUGGAACUUGUGUGCCAUUGGGAAGAGGCAGUCCCCCAUUGACAUCGAAACCAGUCAUAUGAUCUUUGACCCCCACCUGACCCCUCUCAGGCUGAACACCGGAGGACGGAAGAUGGGCGGCACCAUGUACAACACAGGAAAGCAUGUGUCUCUGCGGCCAGACAAAACACAUCUGGUAAACAUCUCUGGGGGCCCCCUGGGUUACAGCUACCGAUUGGAGGAGGUCCGCCUUCACUUUGGGAGUGAAGAUGCUCUUGGUUCAGAACACCUCCUAAAUGGCCAAGGCUUUCCUGGAGAGGUCCAGUUGAUCCAUUAUAAUCAAGAUCUGUAUGCCAACUACAGUGAGGCAGCUAAGAGCCCUCACGGCAUUGCUGUGGUAUCCAUCUUCAUUAAGCUCUCAGAAAAUUCCAAUGCCUUCCUCAAUCGUAUGCUCAACAGAGAUACCAUCACCCGAAUUAACUACAAAUAUGAUGCAUUCUUACUAAUGGGCCUGAACAUAGCUGACCUUUACCCUGACACCAUACGCUACAUCACCUAUGAGGGCUCCAUUACGAUCCCUCCCUGUUACGAGACUUCCACAUGGAUCCUCAUCAACAAACCAGUUUAUGUGACACAGAUGCAGAUGCACUCUUUGCGCCUUCUCAGCCAGAAUGAGCCAUACAAGAUCUUUCUGAGUAUGAGCGACAACACCAGGCCAGCCCAGCCUCUGCUGCAGCGCUGCAUUCGAACCAACAUUAACUUCAGCAAGCAGGGCCGUGACUGCCCCAACAACCGCGCCCUUCGCCCACAGUACAGAGUCAACCAGUGGCUCCUGAAGUAAGAGCUGAGGAAGUGGAUCCACAACCAGUGCAGCACCCCGUGGCAAAGGGCAGCAAUGCUUCCUGUCUACUUCACUGUUCAAGCUGAAUAAACUGCAGAUGAAAUGAAUCAAACACUCAACUGCAAUUCACUUAAGACAGCUUUACCAAACUAACAUCAGCUAAACUAAGCUAACUGAACUCCAAACCAAAUUCUGUGCAGGCCUCCUACACAACCACAAUGUAAUACAGCUCAGUAUGGCCAGCACAGCAAUGGUGCAGUUCAGCCCAAAGGGUUAAAAAUAUCAUAAGGCUGCUGAUGUCAGCACUGUAUAGGUUUUUAUUUGUUGCUUAAACUUGCAAAUAAUUAUUUUCAGCCUGGUUUUCAGAUGGAUGGAUGUCAUAUAAAGACAGGAUUAUUGAUGCCAUCCCUCCAAUCCGGGCUUCAGAGUGAAAUAAUUAAAACUUUCAUUCGCUCCCCUGGAAGAGUUUACAUUUCCACUGAAGGCCUGUAUGCCUGGCAAUAAAGAUAACUCUGCUGUGGUGUGUGAAGAAUACCCUGCUCAUCAUAUGAAAUAAAAAGGAGAAAAUGUCAUUUUCUCAGAGUGUCAAUUUCACAUGCACCUCAUUAUGUUAAUGUUAUGUUGUAUACCAAAACUGAAAAAAAUUGCUUUAGACUUUGAAAUGUAGUGAUUGAAGUUUCUUGUGUAAUUAAAAAUAAUUUUACAAGAUUGAAAUUA